AUGAGUGACGACAGCGAUAACGGGGACCUGCAUGGCUUUGACAUCCAUCCCAUUUGGCGCUAUGAAGCCUUUCGAGAGGCAAAUUUCAGACACAACCUUGCCGGUUCUGACCUUGACAUGGCACGACACAACUUGGCUCCACAGCUGUACGAACGUAUGGAGCCAGCGUUGAGACUUGCAACCUUAUUUCUCAUCAUGGCAAAUGGUGAUUUGGCACGAAUCAUGUACGGUUCGCUGGAAACACAAAAUAAUGAAGCAGGCCAGCCAGAGCAAAGGCUCAAAGACUGGAGAGGCACUCCUGCGAAGCUCAAAGCUUUCGAGCGAGAGCUGGUGCAGAUUUCCAAACAAUAUCGAUUCACCUGGCUGCCUUACCUUGCAGCAAACCUUCAAGAAGACUGCCCCUACGAAAAAACAGAUACCGCAAUUACAGAGGUCAUGAUGUGUCCACUACACCAACGUCCGUUGAAGAAAUACUAUGUGCAGUCAGCGCUCGGCACCCACUGGAGAGAGUUUCUCGAAAGGUGGGACUGGGACACUAUGGACCAGGCUGAGAAGGAUAGUCGGCUUCUGCUGUUGGCCGUCACGCUGAUCCACGAGCUCGCUCACGCUGUUUGGUGCCACCGCCUGACCUCUUUCUAUGAGUACAAUCAGAGGUAUCCUGGUAAGCUCGACUUCGACCCGACAGAGCCAAAGAUGGGUAUGAGGUCAUGGGCGGAAUGUGGCUAUGUCGUUGAGGAGAUGACGCUCGGAGGCUUUCUCUCUUUCUCGAACGUUGUGCCUUCAACUACGAUCCCGCCCUAUCCCGUUCCCCCAGUUAACAAAGUCCUCUUCACCACGAUCAAUCCUCAAACAGGAGCAUGGAGGAUCAAUGAGAAAGCACGGAAGAACAAGCGAAGACGAGCCAUCAACAGCAUCACCCGUACAAUGACAACUUCCAUCGAACUUGGUGAUAUCCGCACUCCACCUCCGGUCGUCGCGCCGCCACGGCCCAGAACUCAAGGAAAGAAACUUCCGCUGGCGUGGCGCGGUCCGGACGGUAGAUUCGUCAUGCCAAGCGAGGAGCGCAGCCAGGAAGACAUGCCAAUCAAAGUGGCCAAGCCGAUCAGCCAUGUUCAGACUCAGAACCGGGACGUCCAAGACAUCAACCAGAAGUUGUCGACGCCUCACGACCGCUCUGGCUGCAUCUCGGGAUCCUCUCCAGGGCCAGCGCCACUCGUGGAGACGCAGUAUGCGACAUGUGCCCAUGCUCGACCGGUCAUCCUGCAGCCUGCACCAAAGAGAAAAGAGAGCGUGGCCAGACUGUCUGGUGUUGCCCAAGGACAAGCCUCUUUCGGAUCAUCUCCACGAGUGAAGAGUCAGAAGGUGCAGCUUGAAGAAGCCUCCAUCCCAGGCAGGGUAGAGGAUGAUGUCGGACAUUACACCCAGCCUCAAGUGCCGAAGGGGUGGGCGUGA